CUACGUCACAUCUCUCCUUCUCCUUCUCCUUCUCCUUCUUAUACCAUUCUCUUUCUCACUCUCUUCCCCUCUCUCUCUCUCUUAUUUUUCCAACCAUUUUUUUUCCUCAUUUGUUAUUACAAAAAUAUUAAGAAAUCUGAAGUAACAUAGUACGGAGUACUCUGCAAUGGGCAAGGACGAAUUAUACAUGAGUGUACCAAGUUUUUUCAGGUGUCCAAUCUCACUGGAUGUGAUGAAAUCUCCUGUGAGUCUGUGUACUGGUGUUACUUACGAUCGCACCAGCAUCCAACGCUGGCUUGACACCGGCAACAACACGUGUCCUGCUACUAUGCAGGUUUUACAGACCAAGGAUGUUGUCCCUAAUCAUACCCUUCAACGCCUCAUUCAGAUCUGGUCCAACAACAACAACCACCACCCUUCUCACUCUCUCUCCUCCUCCUCCUCCUCCUCCUCCAAAUUCCAUUCUCUCUCCUCUGCUCUCGUCUCGGGUUUGAUCAAACAGUUGAUCGCAAAAGAGAAGGAAAUGGGAAAUGAUGAUGCAAUUGAUAGUAUUUUGUUUCAGAAUGUUGUCAGUAUUCUGUUUUUCGCCUCCGAAUCGUCAGAGAAUCGUAGAAAUUUGGCGUCUGAUAAACAAUUUGUUGAUUACUUGAUCCGAAUUGUAUCAUCGGGAAGUCCGGAUCUGAACCCUGACUUCCUCGAGACCGUGGUUAAGAUACUCCAUCUUAUCAUUGCCGUGACCGCGGUGAAUGACGGUGGUGGUCACGGCAAUGACAAAAGGAGUACCAGCAGCUGCGACCUGGUUUCGGCCCUGGCCCGGAUCGUUAAAUCCGGCCGUCCAAGUUCCAGGGUCGCAGCUGCUGGUGUACUUGAGACAUUCUCUCAAGACGUCGAAACGAAGAAACUCGUGUUCGACCACCGAGAAUUUGGGGUGGAGCUCUUAAAAAUCCUUAAACAAGGGGAGUUUGAAGAAGAGAUGGAGAAACAUGCAGUGUUAUCCUGCCUGAUUUCCCUCUCCUCCCCUCGGCGCAACAGACAGAAGUUGGUCCGGGCGGGAGGAGUAAAAACCGUUAGCGAGAUGAUUUCCUCAAAUGGUAACGGUAACGGUAACAGUAACAAUACCGUUGAGCUCCUUUUCACCCUGCUAGGAAUGCUAGCAGGGUGCACGGAGGGUCGAGCUGCUAUCAGUGAUGAUCCGAAUUGCGUACCAAUGAUAAUCAACAAGUUGAUGAAGGUUUCGAAAACGGUGAAUGAGCAUGGUGUUGCAUUACUAUGGAGUUUGUGUUACUUGUUUAGAGAUCAGAGAGUUAAGGAAGCUGUUGUGAAAAGUAAUGGUGGGUUAACAAAGAUAUUAUUGUUGAUGCAGAGUGAUUGCUCCCCUGCUGCCAAGAAGAUGUGCUGUGAUUUGCUUAGGAUUUUCAGGGUUAAUUCCAAGUCUUGCCUCUCUAGUUAUGAUACUAAAACUACCCAUAUUAUGCCAUGUUAAUCUUGGGGGGUUUUUUAAUUAAUUCAUUUUGGGUGAAGAAAAUAGUUCAGGGAUGAGAAAUAUCAAUAUACGAAGUACAAGAUUUUUGUAAAUGAUUAAAGGAAACAAAGAGUAAGAAGAAUUUUUUGGCAAAUUUGAAA